CCAUUAAUUGCCAAUGCAUCUUGCGGUGUGCAGUAGCAAUUCACUUGUGUCAGUACUCGUGUUAUCCAGGGCGGGGAGACUGUUCCUCAUUUUAAUGGCUUCCUGGCUCCAUCUAAUAACCAGUUCAUCAGGGAAAGCAGGAUCUCAGAAACGUUAAACAGGUGGUCACAAACACACAUCUGAAAACACCGACCAUGGAGAAAAGGUGAAAUCCUCGGCGAUUUAUUUUUACACCACAAAAGGAAAUAUACCCUAAAGGACGGCUUUACAGAGUUUAACGUACCUGGCAUUUACUUCUGGAAGUGGGGCUUUCGGAACAUAUCGGAGAGAGUAUGAAAGUGACAGUGUGUUUUGGAAGGACCCGGGUGGUGGUUCCGUGCGGGGAUGGGAAUAUUAAAGUACAUAGUCUUAUUCAGCAAGCCGUCAUGAGAUAUAAAAAAGCUAUCGCCAAGGAUCACGGCUACUGGUUACAAGUCCAUCGUUUGGAGCACAGUGACGGGGGCAUCUUGGAUCUUGAUGAUGUUCUGUGUGACGUGGCUGAUGACAAAGACCGGCUUGUGGCCGUGUACGAUGAACAGGAUCCUCAUCACGGAGGAGAUGGCACCAGUGCCAGCUCCACGGGUACUCAGAGCCCCGAGAUGUUUGGCAGCGAGCUCAACUCCAGCAACAUCUCUGCCUUCCAGCCCUACCAGGUGACAAGCGAAAUCGAGGUCACUCCAUCAGCCCUCAGAACAAAUAUGCCACUGCAUGUCCGGCGCAGCAGUGACCCAGCGCUUCUUGCCUUGUCCACAUCAUCGUUCAGUGAAACACAUUUUACAGCGGAAGAGCCUUCUCGCAAAAACCCUACCCGAUGGUCUACGACGGCAGGCUUUUCAAAACCAAAUACAGCAUCUGGGACUCAUAGUCUCGAAAGGAAGAGAGACGGUAUGGGGGCAUAUCGAAGUCUGCCGAGAGAUUCUGGAAACUGGUCCAACCAGUUUCAGAGGGAGAAUGCCCGCACUUCGUUAAGUGCCAAUCAUCCAAUGGUGGACAAGUGGCUGGAGAGGCAAGAACAAGAGGAGGAUGGGGGGACAGAGGAGGAGAAUGGUCGGAUUGAACCUGUGGGCCGUGCAGACUCGUGCCAGGAGCACACGCCAGCAUUAUCUUUAGAUGACAUGGUAAAGCUGGUAGAAGUCUCCAACGAUGGCGGGCCUUUGGGAAUCCAUGUAGUGCCUUUCAGUGCUCGGGGUGGAAGGACCCUGGGGUUAUUAGUGAAGCGGCUGGAGAAAGGAGGCAAAGCUGAGCAGGAGAAUCUGUUUCAUGAGAAUGAUUGUGUCGUACGGAUUAAUAACGGAGACCUGCGCAACAUCCGAUUUGAACAAGCGCAACAUAUGUUCCGGCAAGCCAUGCGUUUGCCCGUCAUUUGGUUCCACGUGGUCCCCUCGGUGAAGAAAGAACUGUACGAACAGUUGUCUCAAAGCGAGAGAAACCCGACCUCUUACCCUGGUCGCUUCAGCCCUGACUCCCAGGACAGCUUGGGGGGAAGUCUAAACGUGGGCCUGGACCGCACACCUCAGAGGAUGCCCCGGCCAGGGAACCAGAUGGAGCAGACAGAGUCCUACUCGCAGCUACCUCACAAUGUGAGCUCCACAGGGAAACCCCCCUCAGGCCCAGGCCUGGGUCCAUCUCCACAGAGAGUGCAAAGCUCCACUCCAACCCCAGGGUUCAACACCAAAAAGAUAGGAAGGAGGCUCAACAUCCAGCUGAAGAAAGGUCCAGAAGGUCUAGGUUUUAGUAUCACAUCAAGAGAUGUUCCUAUUGGUGGUUCAGCCCCAAUAUAUGUGAAAAACAUACUUCCACGAGGAGCUGCAAUUCAAGAUGGCAGACUGAAGGCAGGAGACAGGCUAUUGCAGGUGAAUGGCGUUGACCUCAGUGGGAAGACGCAGGAGGAAGUGGUGGCCUUACUGAGGGGCACGACGAUGGGUGGCACGGUCAGCCUGGUGGUCCUUAGGCAAGAGGAAACCUUCCUGCCCCGGGAGAUGAAUACUGAAUCAAGUCAGAUGCAGAGUCCCAGAGAAGCGAGGCGUGCAGUGAGGGAACCGAUGUCUGCUGCUGGGGAGACGCAUUGGCUGAUUGAGAAAACAGAAGAUGAAGAUCUUGUUCUCACACCAGAUGGUACCAGAGAAUUCUUGACGUUUGAGAUCCCCCUGAGCGACUCUGGCUCUGCAGGCCUAGGGGUCAGUGUUAAAGGCAAUAGGUCCAAGGAGAACCAUGCAGACCUGGGCAUCUUUGUUAAGUCCAUUAUCAACGGAGGGGCUGCAUGUAAGGACGGCAGGCUUCGAGUGAAUGACCAGCUCAUAGCAGUGAAUGGGGAGUCGCUAUUGGGGAAGACCAAUCAGGAGGCCAUGGAAACACUGCGGAAGUCCAUGUCUGUCGAGGGCAACAAGAGAGGAAUGAUACAGCUGAUAGUUGCCAGGCGAAUUGCAAAACGGAAUGAGCUGGAGAUGCCUGGGAGUCCCUCUGGAGCGGAUGUGGCCCUUGACACCUCGCUAGAUGACAGGGAGCGGAGAAUCUCCCACUCGCUGUACAGUGGGAUCGAAGGGUUACAGGACACCCUGAUGCCCAGGGCCUCCAUAGCCGACAGGAGGAUGAUUGGUAACUACCAUCUGUCUCCCACAGUGAACAUGCCCCAGGAUGACACUGUCAUCAUCGAGGAUGAUAAACCACCUGUUCUCCCCGCUCGCCUGUCCAACCAGUCAUCGUCCAGCUCCCAUGAUGACAUGGGAUUUACAACAGACGCAGCUGGUUGCUGGGAUAAAGAACUCCAGCAAAAUCAAUGCACUCUGAGCCCCGACUCUGACCCGGCGAACAGCUUCCUGAGAGAGGGAUUCGGACGUCAGAGCAUGUCAGAGAAGCGCACCAAGCAGUAUGCAGACGCCAGCCAGCUGGAGUUCAUUAAAACACGCAAAUCAAAAAGCAUGGAUUUAGUAGCGGAUGAGAUUAACCUCAGCCCUCGGUCUGAGCAGAAGGAAGGUUCUCCAACCAGAGACGUGGGCCCUUCAUUAGGCCUUAAGAAGUCUAGCUCUUUGGAAAGCCUACAGACGGCCGUCGCCGAGGUCACUCUAAACGGAGACGUUCCCUUCCACCGGCCGCGCCCGCGGAUAAUUCGAGGAAGAGGCUGCAACGAGAGUUUCCGAGCAGCAAUCGAUAAGUCCUAUGACAAACCCGCUGCAGAGGAGGAUGAUGAGGGAAUGGAGACUUUGGAAGAGGACACAGAGGAAAGCUCGAGGUCUGGGAGAGAGUCAGUGUCUACAGCCAGCGAACUGGCCCUGGGCACCAGCUCUGCCUCGGGCUCCAUGGAGAGACAAGUGAAUGGCAGCCAGGCCAAAGAAGACAAGAAGAAGGACAAGGGUGGGAAGGAUAAAAAGAAGCAAGACCGCGACAAAGAGAAGGACAAGAAUAAAGCUAAGAAGGGAGGGAUGCUGAAAGGCCUUGGAGACAUGUUCAGAUUUGGCAAGUACCGUAAGGAUGAGAGGCUAGGAGACAAAAUGGAGCGCAGGGGGUCCAGUAAGAUGAAGACUGAGGAGACACUGCCAUCCGGAGAGGAGAGACUGCGAAUGAAGCUGGAGCAAGAGCGAAUUCAGGCUAAAACUCGGGAACUGCGAGAGAGGCAAGCUCGCGAGAGGGAAUACGCUGAAAUCCAGGAUAUCAACAGGACGUUCGGAUCGGAUGACGACCCGACCUACGCUGGGAUCGGCUCCUACGACUCAUCCCUGGACAGCGAGCACAACCUUUCAACACCCACCCGAGCACAGAGCCCCCGAGAGGACAUGCAGUCCGUCGAGGCUGUGUACGCACAAGUGAACAAACCUCGCAACGGGGGGCCCCCUUCCACUGGCAGUAACAGGCUGGCUCCUAGCAACCACGACCGGAUACAGAGGUUGAGACAUGAGUUCCAGCAGGCCCAGCAGGAGGACGACGGGGGCAAUCGCAGGCGCACCUACAGCUUCGAGCAGCCUUGGCCCAGCUCCAGCACGUGCACACAAAGCGGUCGUCAUUCUGUGUCCAUAGAGGUGCAGAUGCAGAGACAGCGUCAGGAGGACCGCGAGAGCUUCCAGCAAGCCCAGCGCCAGUACAGCUCACUGCCACGGCAAAGCCGAAAGAAUCCAAGCUCAGUGUCCCAAGAUUCUUGGGAAAAGGCCUACCCUCCCGGAGAAGGAUUUCAGAGUGCCAAGGAGAACCCGCGCUACUCCAGUUACCAGGGCUCACGGAAUGGCUACCUGGGGGCAACUGGCUUCAACGCCAGGGUGCUCCUCGAAACCCAGGAGCUUCUGCGGCAAGAGCAGAGGCGCAAGGAGCAGCAGGCGAAGGCCAAGCCACCCUCAGAGGGGUCAAACAGCUAUGACUCUUACUCCAGCCUCAAGGAUCCCAGCACCACCUCAACCAAAGGCCCCUAUAGACAGGAUGUCCCGCCUUCUCCGUCUCAGGUAGCCAGGCUCAACAGGUUGCAGACACCGGAACAGGGGCGGCCGUUUUACUCCUAAAGGAAAAGACGAACAAAUCUGUGUACGUUGGCAAUAAAAAAGUAAGAGUAAGAUAAAAUUAAAAACAAAGUGAAUGAACUUUUCCUUUUCUCUCACACCCCAUGGACAAUUUAAAAAAGACUGUGGAAUAUGUCUGUGAUCCCAUCUUUAGUGCCUUUCAGUAAUCUAGGAAUAAAGACUUACAAGCCUUGAUAUAUGGCCCCUGUCUGCCUAUUUUAAGCUUCGUUUGUCAAGGGACUCCACAGACAAUCACACGAGUGUCAAGGAAUGCAAAUCUAAUAAUGAUAAGUAAGGGAGGCCAUACAAACCUAGCCCUAAUUAUUGAUGUUCUCUUUCUUAUUAAUGGUACUGUGUCUUGAACUUUGCAUUGGUUUCCUCCAAGUGUUGCUGUUGCAGUUCCUCUAUAUACUAUAUAUAAGAAUCCAGGUAAUGCAUUACCACCUUAUACAGCAGCCAGAGAAAGCCUGCCUUACAAAUUGUCCUGAACAUACAUUCUAAGCUUAAGCUACAAAAAUGGCUUGGACGAUGCUCUCAAUUUUGGCAUGUGUUUAAAAAAAUGGCGGGGAUGUGGGCGCUUUCUUUGUGCUGUGUUUUCAGAAAACAAUGCAGAGGGUUUUAUAUGCCUGGGCUCUCCCAUGUACAUUUUACAGACUCACAAACAAACAUUGCUGUCAGUCUCUGCUAAAUUGUUUAUUAAGUUACAGGGAGAAAAAAGUAUCAACUGGUUAAUCUGAAAUCUUAGACUAACCCUCUUGUACAACCGAUGAGCGUUACAAAAUGCUGCAGAGUGACAUUUGAUUAUUUGGGCUGAAAUACAAUCUGUGUAAUCUGUUUAAGUGUUUUUUUUUUUACUGUCGUUAUUUAUAACAGAAGUGAAAAGAGUAAGAAAGAUAAUCAUGUUUAACUGACAUCGCUGUAACAUAGAUGUAUCCUCUUGAGGAGAAAAAAAAUAAUCUGUAUGUGUAAUGUGAGUGUCCCCAUGUCUAUGAAUUGUAUGUUGGCAAAGAGAUGAAACGUUUGGACUUAGCGGUGGCUACAGGAAAUGAGUUGGGCUGAACACAUAAAAGGGAAGAUUGAUUGAUUAUUUUGUUGAUGUGUUUUCAAGAAGUAUUCCACUGUGUGUGUGUUGAGGAGUUCACAUGGUGUUUGGUACUUCCAUAUUCUUUCUAUUGUAGCGCCAUGUGUGUGAAGAAAACUCUGUGCCCUUCGUUUCUGUAUACUGUACAAGGCAAACAGAAUCCACAUGGAAGACAGCGAGUGGUUCACCUGUGAUACUAAUUUGCAGCUGGGGGACAGAGAGCAUUCUGUCUCAACAGCUGUUUCAGUGUUGUUUUCUUUCAUAUUUCAUGUGCUGAAUGCAGGACUUGGACUGGUUAAGUGCCUGAGAAACCAGAUGUGAACACAGCAUACGUUUAAGUCAAAAACAAUUAUAUCAUAAUUAUAAUUAUAUCAUACUAUUUUUCUUUUUUUUUUUACAAUAUGUUGAAACAAAAGUGGUGCAUAAGUUACCAGUGUCUUUUUAUUCCUGUUUGUCAUUGCCUUUAAUAAUUAUGUACUACAAUGUUUAAAAUACAAACUAAAAACCUAUUACUAAUGUAAGCACAGUGCAAUUGGUUUAUAAACUUUGACAUGAUGUAUGAAGAACAGUAUACAGCUGCUUUUCCUGUACAGAUCGAACUUAAAAUAAAAAAAGGCUGUUUCAUUCUGUUUGCAAUAAUCUCUGUUGUAUGUACUCUAUUUUCUGCAAUGAGCAAUUGAGCUAAUCAUUUCUGAAGUAGAUAUAAUUGUAAUAUACUUUUCCAAAAGGAUCUGGGCUAUAAUGACAUGGUAUGUGAAGUCAGUAUUAAAAAUAUGCCUUUGACAAGA